CUGAUGAAGACUCUGAGGAUCACGGGCGUCGUGUCUCCCCCAGAAGGUGCCUGGUUCUCCCACCUGCCAGGCCAGGGCUGAAGGGUGGGUGGUGAGCUCCUCUGAGCCCCCUCUCCUGUCCUAGGUUACAAAGACAUGGGGGCCUUGUGGUGGUCCAAGCAUGAGCCUGACACACUGGAAGGCGACCUGGAGCAGCUCUUCCAGGAGCUGCAGCUGCUCUACCCGAACCCGCACGCCUGCGUGCGCCAGGCCCUGCACCGCCACUGCGGGCCUGUGCUCAUCAACCCGGAGGCCCCAUCCCUGCCCACCUCCUGGGCAAAGCCUGAUGACUGCAGGGCCUGGGAGGGCAGAAGAGGCCUCUAAGCACAUACACAGUAAGGAGAGAAAAGGUCUCCUACCUCCUUUUGGCCCACCCGCUCUCCUUCCAGGGAACAUGUGGGCUCGGUCCUGGGUCAGCACCGUAGACCUGGUCCUGCCAUUCCCAAGGAAGCCCCCUGAGGACAUGAUGAAGAUCAUGGAAAGCCAGCGCUGGAAGCUGGAGAAAAUGUUCAAAGAGGCUGAAGAAUUCUUCACCUCCCUGGGGCUGCUUUCCCCUUCUCCAGAGUUCUGGAAAAAAUCGAUGUUUGGAAAGGCCAACCGAUGGGUGGGAGGUGGAGUGCACACCUCCGCAUGGGACUUCUAUGACAGCAAGGACUUCAAGUUGAAGAUCCAGGGCCUCUGCCCCUCUAUCCCUCGGACAGAGGACGACUUCGACCCAGGUGCCAAGUUCCACAUCUCUGCCAGCGUGCCCUACCUAUGAUGAAGCUUGGGCCCUGCCAGCAGAACCAACCCUGGGAGCUGGGGGGGUGGGGGCACCGGAACCAGGCCAAGGAAUUCCAGGAAGGCCCUAGAUCCAUUUGUCUCUCUGCACCCUGCCCGCCUCCUCCCAUCGAGUUGCACAGCCUUCUGAAGGCCAUGCCCUAGAAUCCUUGGGGCUUUGAUAUCAGAUCCUGUAUGGAGGUGAUGGUAAUAUUCUAAAGCAUCUUUGCUGUCCCCGGAAGUAGGGCAGGAAGCAGGGAGGCUGAGAAGGAGAGCACUUGCAGGAUUCCAGGGCCAGCCUAAGGUGGCACCUUCACAAAGGAGCCUCCACCUGGAUUGGGACUGACGGCUGGGCCCUCGCGGCCACUGCGCAUCAGAGCUGCCAGCCUCCAACUGGCCCUGGGCUUUCCACUCCUGACACCGACUCCCCAGUCUGUCCUCAUGUUCCUCUACCCAGGUACUUCCUCAGCCUGGGGCUCCAGUUUCAAUUCCACGAAGCGCUGUGCAAGGCUUCAGGCCACGUGGGGCCACUGCACCAGUGUAACAUCUUCAACUCUAAGAUGGCCGGGAAGCUCCUGGAGUGAGUGCCUCCUCCCUCAUUUGUUCUCAGCGUCCCAUCCCUUCCUGCUGGAAGCCUGCCCUGGGCCCCCUCUCCUCACUCCACCACCCUAUACACCCUGGGCAGAGUUUCAGGGAGCUUAUACUCUAGUGGAUGCUCUUCUUUAUGUCAGCCCGCAGUCUCUCCUACAGUAAUGAGGCCCAUUUCCUUCUGUGAAGCCCCUUCCUGCCAACACACACACACAGACACACCCACCCACUCGCUCACAUAUGUCAAUGAAUCAAACUGUCCCAGGUAAGCCAGUGUUAGGGUGUGGCCUCAGCCUCCAGUCUUCCAUCUGAAUCCUGUCUUCUUUCCUUGCAAGGUGCUUGCCUAUUCUCUCAGCAGCAUUUGAUGCACCCUUGGGUGCGCUCUGCUGUUCCCACAUCUUCCUGGAGGUACCUGGAUCCAGUUUUACAGGGUGACCAGGUUGCUUUUGCACCAACCUCUUGGCAUGCUCUGGUCAGCGUGGGGCCCACUUUGACCCCCUUCUCACAGUCUUUUUCCUUGCAUUUGGUCUCUAGCUCGUCCUUUCCAUUCCUGCUUCUGUGGAGCUGAGUUUUAGUAUUGAAGCAAACCUGGAGGGAGUGAAAGCUGAGCUGAUGGUAGGAAGCAUUUACAGGCUGGGCUCUCUAAUGGGUCCUCUUAUGGAAUUUCUCAUUGGUAGCUCAUAACUUUGCAAAGUAGGUAUUAUACACAUUUCAUAAAUGAUAAAACAGAAGCCAAGACAGGUAAUGGGAUUACAUAUCAAGUUGCAAAGUCAUGCUUGGAGCCCCACACUGACUCCAGGACACAUUAUCAUUCACCCUAUUGUUUCCAUCACAGGUUUGGUGAGGUUAGAUCUAGGUCUACUGGUUCCAAGAUCAGUGACCCAAACACUGAGACACAGAGCCUGUCCACUGAUGAGAGCUUUUCCCCACUGAAUUUCAAUUGAUUCCAAUAGGUCCUUUUCACUAAUUGAUCAGUCAUCUUGAGUUGUAUUUGUGUGUCCUAGAGGGUUAACAAAACAUAAUCUAGAAUCCUUUGCAAAUUUAAUGAGCGUAUUUGAGAUUCCACAAUGUAGUUUUUCAAUAACCACUAGGCCACAUGGGGCUGCAGGACUGAUCCCCCCAGCUUUGCUCCCAGGGAGGACUGUAGCUUGCAUGCCUAUUGUCUCCCUAGUCUAUUUGCUUUUUCAUCUUUUCACACUACAUGGAUUUAGUCUAGUUGACUGCCCAGGUUUGAACUUUUCCGAGUGUGUGGAGCAUAAGGGCCUCUGCUUUCUGCAUUCAUGUCUCCGGCUGUCCAUUAUUUAUUCAUUCAGCAAACAUUUGCUUGUGCUCUAUGUCCAGCAGGGGGCAGUAGACCACAGGCUAAAUCUGUAAUCACAAUAAAAGACAGUGGCAGGUGCACUAGGAAAGGGCUUUGGUGAACAGGCUAAGAGGGUAAGGAGGUCAUGUCCAGGGACCGCUGACCCCUAAUGCAGGAAUGCAAGAAGUAGCAGACCUCUGUUUCCUACACCACAACUCACUUUUAACUCUGAGCCUUCAUCCCACUUGAUUGGUGGGACAUUUGACCUCAGUCAUCCUCAUUGCUUCCCUCCCCCACCCCACCAGGGCACACAAGGCUCCCAGGCUCUGACUUAGCAGCAAAGCAUGUAGAGACCUUGCCAGUCAUCACUGGUCAUUGCUCCCCAGUCUUUACGCAUCGCUGUCCAGCCCCUGGCAAGGGAAAAGCCUGAGUUCCAGGUCUAGGACCGCAAACACCAGCUUCCGGGCAGCGGAGAGGUCUCUGAGAAAGGGUGUGCCAUGAGCUUUGCGGGGGUGAGAUGGCAGCAGAGUGGAAUACGGGCUGUGGAGGGGGAGAGGAAGGGAGUGCUUGCCAGGGAGAAGGGGAAGGGCAACAUUCUUGGCUGCUCUUUUGCCUAAUAUAUUUUAAAACCUGAUUUUGCUACUUUUGACUCAUCAUUCUAAACGCACCAAAUUGCCCUGGGCUGGUUCUGCUGAAAACAGAAGGUCAAAGUGGACUUGGUGCAAGUCCCCAAGUUCCCCACCUCACCCGCCCAGCCGUGGUGGGCCUGACCUUGUCUGUGGGGCCCACUGCUGCCACCUUGGAGUCGAGGGCUCCGGGAAGAGCCCACUUGUCACCUUUGUAAGUCUCAUGCUCUGCCCAUGUGGGCCGUCAGCUGGGCUUUGGUCCAACCUCCUCUUGUCCUGCCCUAUGAAGGGCUGUUCCUACAUAGGUAGAUUCUCAGUGGUCAAGACUUUUCCCCGCGUCAGAUCCUUCCUGUCUCCCAGGACCCAGCAUCUGAUAAAAUCCUCUUAUCUAAAGUUAGCCCUGCAUCUUUUUUCCUUUUCAUCUUGAUGGCUUUUCUCCUCCAUUUCUCUAGGGUCUUAACUACAUUCUUUCCCACUGGUUUCUGACAAAGAUCCACUGACCUUCAGUUUCCCUGUCUCAUUCUUUCCCAGUUGUUUAUUAAGCUAUGUGUAUCAGUCUUUGCAAGCUACAAAGUCCUCUUUCACCACCCUAACGUGACUUAAUCCUCACCACAUGAAAGGCAGGUAUGUGGGCCAUUUUAUUGAUGAGGAAACUGAGGCUAAGAGUGGUCAUGUUGAUUGCCUGAGGGUAUGCAGCCUAUUAGUUGCUCCGCUGGGACUUGUACCUGGUCCUGUUAGUCUAGACUCCAUACUCUGACUUCUAGGCCUCUAGGCCCCUCCUCUCCUGGUCAGAUGGGGAAACAGAUUGAAAAGGAUCAACAUAUGCCUACUGCUGCCUCUGCAGGGAGCCCUGGGGUGGAGGAGCCCAGAGCCCUGGCUUCAGCACACUCUGUACCCCAACCGUAAGUGUGUGGGCCAAGCCUAAGGCUUGACCCCCUGCCACCAAGCACUGGGUGUGCUUUGAGACAGAGCUGACAUUUGUGCAGCACUGCAGGCCGUGCACAGAGCACAUCCCACGCUCAUUAUCUCUCUAAUCUUUACAAACACUCCCUGUGAGACAGACAGGGCUGAAGAGCUGCCUCUCCCUACUGACACUGAGGCCCUCAUGGCAAAUAGUGUCUCAAGACUUUAUGCCUACUUAAGUCCAGGCUAAUAAUAAUCAUCACAGUAGUGGCAAUAAUAACAAUAAUAAAACAGUAAUUAGUAGCUGACAUUUGCUGCCUGCCUAAUAUCCUCCCAGCAUUGUGUUUAUGUCAUCAUCACAACCCUAGGUGGUAGGUACUGCUAUUAUCUCCAUCUUAAGGAUAUGGAAACGGAGGCUCAGAAAGGUUAAGUUACUUGCCUAAUGUCCCACAGCUACUGAGUGGCAGAAUUCAAACCCAAGUUGAUCGUAUUACAAAAUUUGUGGUUUUAUCCACUAUGCGGAACUCUGUGGGCAAAGUCCGGCCAACAAAGCCCUAGGUCAGGGUGGGGCACACUGAAGGGUCCCAGCAACACUCCGCUGUACCCACUCUCCCAGGGAUAUCCUAAACUGGGCUCAAGCAAGCCCUGGCCAGAGGUCCUGGAGAAGAUAACUGGGCAGACGGAGGUGUCCACAAAAGCCUUUAUGACCUACUUCAGGCCCCUACUGAACUGGCUGGUGACUGAGAAUGUGCAGCGGGGGGAGAUCCUGGGCUGGCCAGACUUCAGCUCUUCCUUUGAAG